UUUUAAAAACAAACACAAAACGAGGAACCAUAUCACACAAUUGGUGAAGGAGACUUCAUCCAAACUCAGGCAAGCCAGUGAGGCCGAUCACCAACAUAAUAAUCAAAUUACUAUGUACUAAGUGAAGAACAAAUUGUUGAGUUUAAAGAAGCUUUUUGUCUUUUUGACAAGGAUGGAGAUGGUGUUUAUGUGUUGAGACGAACUUCAAAGAAACUUUUGUGGCAACAGUUUGCAAGAGGUACUACCACAAGAUAUGCCUCCAAAAAUGACAUCACAACGAAAGAUGAUAGUAAGAGAAGACUCUUAUGAAGAUAUAGAAACAACCACAACUCAUAUAAGCUCCACUAAGAGAAAGAGGUCACUUAAGAAAAAAACAUUUGACACAGAGCAAUUAACACCACUCAUUAGCUUUUAUUAUACAUUGGCGAAAACACCCACUCAAACUUCAUCUACUCCAAUGUUAGAUUCAUCAGCAGCCAAUACUAGGGGAUCUCACAAAAGGGUGCUUGGGAAAACACAUAAAAUUCCUAUAGAAGAUAAUCGUGGGUCAUUAAUGGCAACACGAAAGUCACCUCGCCUACAAUCAUUAGGGGCACAAGAUCUUGGAAGCUCAUCAAAAUCUAUUGCUGAUAACUGUGCAGUAGAUCAAGAAGUUGUUGAUCACGUAGAAGAACGUACAAAAAAGAGAACAAGAGGUCCAACUAAAAUGAAGUCUAUUGCAACUGAUAGUGGUGGUCGUUUGGAAGUGAAGUUUAAUUCCAAAGGACAACCAAUUGGUACAACAUCGGUAAAAUUGUCUUCUUUUUUAGGAGCACCUGUGAGAGAAAUUGUGCCAAUAACAAUAACUAAUUGGAGGAAGAUCACUCCAGGAAUGAAAGAAGUUUUAUGGAAAUCUAUACAGGCAAGAUAUAAGGUUGACAAAGAAUGGCAAAAGUACUAUGUCUUUAGAACAAUGGCUGAUCUUUGGAGAGCUUCGAAAUCAAGAUUGGUUUCUAAACUUAGGAAGGCACCCAAUGAAGAAGCAAGAAUGAACCUGAAACCUGAUAACAUCAACUCAGAAAUUGAGUGGAAAAGUUAUGUUAGAGAAAUUGAGUUUAAGGCCAAAAGUGAGAAAUUCAGAAAGAUACGAACAAAGCAAUUGCCUCACAUUUGUAGCCGUAAAGGAUAUGCACGCUUGACUGAAGAAUUGGUUAAUAAUAGCGGAAGCAAAGAAGCACCUUCUAGAGUUGAUGUUUGGACUAAGGCACAUAAGAAGAAAAAUGGUCAACCUGUAAAUUUAGAAGUGGCUGAAGCUUUUGAUUUAGUGGAAGAAUAUAAAAAAGAUCUAACUAUUUCUUCAACUACAAGUGUUAAUGAUGACAUUCUAACAAAGGUGCUUGGCCCUGAAAAGAAUACAUAUUUGAGGGCUUUUGGAAGAGGAGUUACUCGGUCAAAGUUGGCAAUUUUUUAUGAAUGAGAUGAUCACAUGAUUCAAAUAAAAGAUCGAUGUAAUGAGUUGAAGGAUAGAAUGUCACACAUGGAGCAACUAAUUCAAUCUUUACUAAAAAAUCAGAAUGAACCUGUUCAAAGUGGGGAGCAAUCAAAUGCCCAUGUUCCAUCAUCUCCCGUGGUAACUUCCUAAUCAUUAAGUCUUAAACUUUCUCCACUUCUUAUAAAUGAAUUCUAACUAUUGCCACUAUUCUUAAAGAGUGUAAGGGAUAACAUAUAUGGCCAAAAAUGCAAAAUAUUGGAUUGGAAUGGAUCUGGAGAUAUUAUUGCAGAUGGAUACUUCAUUUCAAGUGACCCAAAAGAUGAGGUCCAUCAUGUUCCUCUUGGUCCAAAUGCCAUGAAAGUGGGAAUAGAUUUUGCAAGGAAACCCAAUGCAUUUGUUUGGAGGCCUACAUCUAACAUUUUCCAUAUGGAAGAUGCUAUUGGUAGUAUAAUUGCAUGACCAACUGAAAAAGUGAGAAUGAACUAACCAAGUAAGUAUAUUUUGCAAACUCUACAUUACUACUCUACUAUUUUUUUUUUUUUUUAUAUAUGUCUAAGUAAUUUAAUUAUGUUUAUUUUGGGUUCUAAUGCAGGUGGUUGUGAUGCCAUACAUCUUCAUAUAGUUAGGCUCUUGAGACACAGAUAGAUGGAAACAAAUGGAAGGUCAUGGCACACUUUUUGGGCUCGGCAAUAGGCUUUCAAAUCUAGUGCAAAUAACAAAGCAUCAAAAUAUCUUUAGAUUUCGUUGUUCACUUUUAAAGUGAAACAUGGAAGUUUUUUCAAAUUUUAGCUAAACCUUUUAGCUAGAAGUUUAUUAUGAUGACUUUGAUUCUCUAAACUUUACUUUUUGAAAGAUGGUUCACUUAAGUGAAAUAUGUAUUUGGACCGAGUUACCUAAUAUGAUGAUAUUGACAUUUUUUAAGAUCUAA